CCCUUCGGAACUCUCACUUGGGAUCGGAUUUGCUCUAUUUCGCUUCCAUCUCGACCUUCCUUUCAAUCUCGCGUUUGGCCGUUGACGGUCAAUCGCUUUACUUUCUCUCAAAAACAAUCCUGGGGGAGUUUGUUUCUCCCGCUUCGUAAUAUCCUAAUGGUUCGCCAGACCACCUUCCCCGGCACUCAACACAUCGGAAGUGCAGCGCAAUUCAGUCAUUGGAGAAGAUACAAUGUCUUCUAUGGAUUACUGCUCACGACGACCAUGUCCAGCAUAUUGCUUGCUGCCGAUCAAUUCCACUGGCGAGCUACCGGCAUAUCAUUCAGAUUGGCGAACCAAUUCCCUGCUUCGGUCGCGUUCUUCGUGCAGAUCUUAGCAGCGCUGUUUGGUGUGAUGCAUGUCGCUGUCAUUACGAAGUUGCUCAACUACGCUUUAAGACUUCGGAUCACCAAGGUGAGCGUUUCUCUCGAUGUUAUGAGGACAUGGGUGGAUCUUUCCAUUCCACGGAUGGAUUGGGAUCUUCCGAUGCGAUUUCUCUUUCCAGUCGCCAUGAUGGUCUUGCUCAGUCUCGUACCUGCCGCUCUCUGGGCUGGUUCCAUUACUCCAUUGAUCGAUCAAACCACUGGUACUGGCAUGAUUCUCGUACCCACCUACGACGAUGUAUCCAUGAUCAAAGAGUAUCCGAUGGGAGUUGGUCAUGCGGGACCCAUGCUGCGUAGCCGUAGAGGCUUGUUUACGUACUGUCCCGGUCAGAAACUCAUAGGCCCUCUUCUCUUCUCUGCUGCAGCUGCAUCUCCUCUGGGCAUGAAAAAGCUGGUUCAUCCCAAGAUUGACAGUACUCAAUUCAGCUACUCUGGACGAUCUUUCGGCGUAGGAGCUCCAGUUGGAUUAAUGGACCAGCAGAUCCUAUCCGAUUUCCAGGCUGCAGGAUACGUUUACGAAGAAGAGGGAUAUUUCGCCAACGUCACCUGUAUCUACAAUCAGACGACAGAUUUUGCACUCUCGGGCCCUGUUAGCGAAUGGAUUUACGCGGCCUCCGGGAAUCUCCCAGAUAGCGAAGGCGGACCUGAAUAUUCAAACUACGUUGGUCACGACGGCGAUGCCAUUGUAGCAAUGGGCGUAGCAUGGAGCGAGAAUUCUCCUCGGCGCUACGUCUCCAUUGCCGCCGGAGAAGCCUACAAGGCCCUCAACAGGACGCAAUGCGAAAUCGACUUUCAACCCAUGAUGUUCAACGUGACAGUCGAUCUCGCAAACUUCAACAUCACAGUCGCAAACACCCGCCCCAUCGAAGACUUCAACCCGCAACGCAACCUCACGCGCACUCUAGUCCGCCAAUUCGAGCUCCUCUCCAACGACCUAACAAACGUCUACGUCUCCCAACUCGGCGAAGCCUUCAACGCCAGCAUCGCCGCCUUCAACAUGUCCCGCAUCGCCGCCCAGCGCGACCCCAUGAGCGAAGCAGACGCCACCCUCGCGGGCCUCACAAACUCAAUCACCUCCAUGGCCGACGACAUGCUCGUGGCCUUCGCCUCGGCACAGCUCAUGGUCGGAAAACACUUCGAACCCCAAUCCGCAGUCGUAUACCGCUACGGCCUGCAAUUUGGCCAGCCCGCGUACAUCUACUCCAUCUUUGCCCUCAACCUCCUCAUCAUCUUCGCCGUCCUCGUCGAAGCAGUCAGAACACAUGCCUGGAACGACCUCCCCCGCUUCAACUACCUCGACCCCCGCGACCUCGUCGUCGCUGCCUCGCGCGGCGGCACGGGACUCGCAGGCGCCGCAGACUCCAUCGUCUACGACGACGCGCCCGCUAGGAAAACGCAUAAGCGUGUGUGGUUGCUCAGUGGGCCGGACGAGGGGAACGGACAGCUGACUGUGCGCAUGGGCGCCGACGAUCAGGGCCAUGCUACCAUCACUGUCAAGGAUGCCAAGUGCGGUGGUGGUAGAAGUAACGGGUUGAGAACGCCGGUUAUGUCGACUUGUUUCAACGAUAUGCCCAAGAGUCCGCUCGGGCCGGGAUACGUGGGCGAUGCUGCUUCCGUGGAUGUGGAGAAAGCGAGGGCGAUGAGCAUUUGGGAAGAGGAAAAGAAGAAGGAGUUGGAUAAUGGAGGGAAGAUGAGGAUUUGGGGUGAAAAGGGUUGA